UCUGAUAUAUUCCGCAUGCAUAAUAAACCUUUGAAAUUGGAUUAUCUCGACUUUUCAGCCUAUUACUGUGACAUUUGUGUUGGGUCCAUCGCAUGCCGCUUUGAGAAGAAGGAAUGUGGUGCUGUUCGUGUUUACAUAAUGACUUUGGGUGUUUUGGCUCCAUAUCGUGGCUUAGGUAUUGGUGCAAAGCUGGUGAAUCAUGUGCUCGAUCUUUGCACGAAGCAGAACAUUGGGGAAGUGUACCUUCAUGUGCAGACAAACAACGAAGAAGCCAUCAAAUUCUACAAGAAGUUCGGAUUCGAAAUCACAGAGACGAUCCACAACUAUUAUACAAAUAUCACUCCACCAGAUUGUUACGUUGUUACUAAGUUCAUCGCCCAAUCUCAGACGAAGAAAUGAUGCAUGGGAAGCUAGGUUUUUUACGCAGUUUUGGGAUCUGAAGAACUGUUGAGCUCUAUAUAUAUAGAUAUAUUUCUUUAUAUCAUUCAUUAUUCAUAUGUGAUGGUCUCAAAUGUGAAGUUAAAGAGAGUUGAAUUUCUAUUUUUGUAGUGUUUUUUAGUCCUAUGCUCAAAGUUUAAAAGUCAAGAGUUUUGUGUUUGCUUGUUUUAACUCUGUGUGCCCUUCGUUUAAGUGUAGUUUGUAGUGAACUACUAUUUCGAUACCCAUUUUUUUUAUUGAGGAAAAUGCGUUUGGAACU